CAAAAACUGUCACCUAGUCCUGAGCAAACACGUACAGGACUAUGAGUGCAAAGUACUGUAUAACACUAAAGGAUGUGCAGGAUGCUCAAGCCAACAUCCAGGGCCUUAUUCACACAACCCCAAUCAUAACCAGCUCGAGUCUAAAUGCUUUAGCAGGACGUAAGCUGUUCUUUAAAUGUGAGCUGCUACAGAAAACAGGUUCUUUCAAGAUAAGAGGGGCAUUAAAUGCUGUGAAAAACUUACCAGCAAAUGAGCCAGUGGCUGUUGUGACACACAGCAGUGGGAACCAUGGGCAGGCCUUGGCACUGGCUGCACAGAUGAGAGGAAUCCCUGCACAUGUGGUAGUGCCCCGGACAGCGGCAUCUUGUAAGAAAGCAGCAAUCUCUGCCUAUGGUGCUCAAAUCAUAGAGUGUGAGCCCAACGACAAGUCCCGAACAGAGGUGGCAGCACAGACUGUAAAUGACGUUGGGGGUAUAUUAGUUCACCCCAAUCAGGAUCCGGCUGUGAUCGCAGGACAGGGAACCAUUGCACUGGAGGUGCUUCAGCAGGUUCCAGAGAUUGAAGCACUGGUUGUUCCAGUUGGAGGAGGGGGGAUGCUGGCAGGGAUAACAAUUGCUGCUAAGGCAAUCAAGCCUGAAGUGAAAAUAUUUGCAGCUGAACCUCUAAAUGCAGAUGACUGCUAUCGCUCAAAGAUAAAUGGACAGCUGACUCCUAACCUCAAGCCUCCAACAACCAUUGCAGACAGUGUGAAGACUAGCAUUGGACCCAACACGUGGCCUAUAAUCCGGGAUCUGGUAGAUGAUGUGCUUGUCAUCAGUGAGGAAGAAAUUAAGGCAGCUACACGCCUUGUAUGGGAAAGACUGAAGCUGCUGAUAGAACCAACAGCAGGUUUGGGUUUGGCUGCAGUUCUCACCACACAUUUUCAAGAGGUUGCUGGCAACAUUCAGAAUAUAGGUGUAGUGCUCUGUGGUGGAAAUAUCGAUUUGGCAAGCGCAGAAUGGCUACAUGAAUGAAAUUACAGCAGGAUGGAGACAUCUGAACGAGCAAAUCUUGUCACUGCUGCAGCAAACCAGAACUGGUUUAAGACUGGAAGCAGUAGAAGGCAACUUUGUUUCACACAGUAGCGGACAACACAGAUUUUGGAAUUUGUUAUAAUUGAUUCCAUGGCUUAAAAUAAAUACAGAUUUAAUUGUGGGUCUUUAUCAAGGCACUCAGACUAGGAACUGGUACUGACUUAGUCCAUUUCCACCUCUGUAAUGUCAACUGUGUUUUCGUUCUUAACCCAAGUGACAGGUCGAGGCACAUAUGGGUCAAAGGUCCAUUUAGGAUAUACACGCUUAUACAGGUUCAUUAACACGGUGUCCUGUGAUUUCAACUGCCCAUCAAAAUGGCACUUCAUGUGUCCAUGGGUUCCUGACCAGACAAAAAACAGAAUAUUAUUCCUUUUAACAAAAGAUGGAAUACAGUGUAUCUCAUUGGGUAAUAGAAGAUAGAUAGAUAGAAGGCACUAAACAAAAAAAAAAA